AAUUGUCAUCAACAAAAUCAUGCUUGUUUCUCCUCCUCUUCUUUUCACCAUGGAGUCCAAUACUCUCUACUUCAUUGUUUGUUUACUUGUGAUACCUCUUUAUGUUUUGCUAGCCAAAGGGGCUUCGAAAAGGCUCCCACCGGGUUCGAUGGGAAUGCCGAUUAUAGGGCAAAGUCUCGAGUUAUUGAAGGCUAUGAGAGCCAACAAAGGAGAAGAAUGGCUCAAGGAGAGAGUGGAAAAAUAUGGUCCAAUUUCGAAACUUGGCUUAUUUGGAAAACCAACUGUUUUCAUCCACGGUCCACAAGCAAACAAGUUUGUGUACACUUGUGAUGGGAACAAGCUCGCUAAUCACCAACCGGCAUCCAUUCGAAGGAUCAUUGGAGAAAAGAAUUUAUUUGAAAUGAGGCCGGAAGAUCACAAGCGCGUAAGAGGCGCGCUCAUGACCUUCUUGAAGCCAGAAGCACUUAAGCAAUAUGUUGGUACUAUUGAUGAAGAGAUCAGAAUGCAUCUCAAGAAACAUUGGGAGGGAAAGCAAGAGACUGUGGUAGAGCCGCUGAUGAAGACCUUAACUUUCAACGUGAUUUCCUCCAUUAUAUUUGGAAUAGAACAAGGAAAUAGAAGGGAUUCCUUAGUAAAAAUCUUUGAGAGUGUUAUGGAAGGUAUGUUAUCAGUUCCUAUAAACUUGCCCUUUACUCCCUUUCGUCGCAGCCUCCAGGCAAGCGCAAAAGCCAAAUCCAUCAUCAUGGAACUUGUACAUGAAAAGAGGCAAGAUUUGGCGAAAAAUAUCAUCUCACCUAAGAAGGAUUUAAUCACUAGUUUACUUAGCAUCCGCGACGAAAAUGAUCUGCCGGUUCUGUCUGAUGAAGAGAUUGUGGACAAUACAGUCAUUGUAAUGAUAGCAGGACAUGAUACUACCUCUAUUCUUUUAACAUUCUUGGUUAGGAUUUUAGCCAAAGAUCCUUCAAUUUAUGCUAAAGUUCUUCAAGAGCAAGAAGAAAUUGCAAAAUCCAAGGCAAAUGAAGAGCCAUUAACGUGGGAUGAUCUUGCCAAAAUGAAAUACACAUGGAGGGUAGCAACAGAGUCCUUAAGAAUGUAUCCUCCAGUAUUUUGUUCAUUCAGACAAGCUCUUGAGGAUAUUGAGUAUGAAGGAUACAUAAUUCCAAAGGGUUGGCAAGUGUUUUGGGCAGCCUGCAUGACACAAAUGGAUGAGAAAAUCUACCAUGAUCCCAAAAAGUUCGAUACUUCUCGGUAUGAGGAAGGAACAAAAACGCCAUUCAGUUUUGUGGCAUUUGGAGGAGGAGCAAGAAGUUGUCCUGGAAACGAACUGGCUCGGAUGGAAACACUAAGUAUGAUACAUUACUUAGUCACUGGUUUUAAAUGGAAGCUUUGUUGUGAAGAUGAAUCCUUUAGGAGAGAUCCAUUGCCAGUCUUCAAUCAAGGACUACCAAUAAAACUUGAAUCCAAAUUAUCCCUUCUAUGAUUCUGGCCCUUCAGCCAGCAAUUGUAAUACUUGCGGUCCAAUUUCUUGCAGUACUGAUAAUUGUAUGAAUAGUCUUAUUUUGUAACGUCAUUAAGAUGAUAACUAUUGUUAUUACUAUGGGACCUUGAAUUUUGAAACAAGAAGAUAUGUUACCUAAUCAUUAAUAAGUAUACUACGUCAC